AUGAUGCAUUCGGCUUCACUUGCCAGUGCGCAAUUCGAAGAUGAGGGUGAAUGGCCUUGUUCUUCUCGUGCUGCUAAGAGACCCAAGCGCGCCUUCUCGGGUACUGCAGGACCCUCGCCUCGCGAGAUUGGGUAUAUGAGAGAAUCUCAGAAUGACGGAUCUGCAACUUUUUUGGGGAGCUCAAGUGGAAUCCAUUUUAUUCGACAUGUUUACAAUGCCUUUGCGCGCCGUUCGGCAGACUUGGACCAAACCAGAGCCCGUGACAGAGCUUCGGUGCCAGGGGAAGACGACCGGCUACAGCAGGAUACCGGAAGCGUUCACAACUCAGAUGAACUAUGGGAAAUGGAAGAGUUGAAUGAUGAUCUGAAUUCCUCGUUUUCCUUCGAUGAUCUGGUUAGAUGGACACGCAGCUAUUUUGAGAAUUGGCAUCCAAUAUUUCCAUGUCUCCAUGCCCCGACAGUCUUGAAAAGCUUAGAGACAGUCAGUCAAAAAGGGACGGAAUCUGUGAGCGGAUUGGAAUUGAUGAUUAUCCGCUCCAUUGUGUCUAUUUCUCUCGGUGACAAUCGACAGACAACAUCGCCUGAAUUCCAACUCGGCCCCGUCCCUUCUGUUCUAGUGUUCCAAUCCAUUCAACAUGUGAUGCAAGAUGUACAAAGUCUUCUUGAGGAACCGACUACUCUUUCGCUGCUACAAUCUGCAUUUACAGCUCAACUUGCACUUGCCUCGCUUCUGCGCUUGAAUGCUGCUUCUCGAGUAGGGGGCGUCAUCACUCGCACUGCAUUUCAUCUUGGAUUGCAUCGCUGCCCAGGACGCUUUUCUUGCUUCAAAAGCGCAGAAGUGGAUAUCCGAUGUCGGUUAUUCUGGUCGAUCUACUCUCUUGAGAGAUAUCUAUCUCAAGCCCUUGGUAUCCCGCUCUCCAUUCGAGAUGACGACAUCGACGUGUGCUACCCCGGCGCCGAGCGACAUUCUUCAACAACUCCCAAAAUAUCAGACGAUCGCAGACUGCACUUAUUGCGCCACCUCGCAAAAUUCGCACGUAUCCGGGGUUUAAUUGUUGAGCUUCGCAAUAAAUCCAUUCUUCACAGCCAUGCCAGCCAGACUGAAGCAGCUUAUGUUAAUGGAGAACUAGCACAGUGGUGGAAUGAGGUUUACGACGAUGUCAACCCCAUUGAUGAGCCCACAGAAACGGACCCAGGUCAAAUACAAACCUUGCAGCCAUAUCAUCGCCUACUUCUAAUGAUCCUGAGACACGAAGCCAUCAUCUCACUUAAUCGACCUCUUUUAGCCUCCGAAGAGCCCAGUGCAGAUUACAAGAAUGCUUUGCAGGUGUGUAUUGGAUCCUCUCGAGCUAUCCUUGCGGCUUUGAAAAAGCACAUGUCAUCUGAGCCACGAUCUUCGCUCUCCUGGCCGUGUUUCACGUGGUCAACUUGGAUGGCCUGUCUCAUUCUAAUGUAUGCUGCAUGGGAAGGGAAGUUCCCGGCACCGACUGCUCUGAAAUAUAGUAGAAUUGGAAUAGCUAUCCUGGAAAAUCUAUCAUUGCGUGGUAGCAAUUGGCCAGAAACCUGUAUUGAGGCAAUCGAAGGCAUGAUAUCUGCUUUCAAUGCGCAAAGGCCCAGUGGCGAGCAAGCUCAGGGUUCUUCUACAUUGAAUGAUCUGGAGAGGCCUACCCAAUCUCCUUUUCAGGCAACACCGUCGAUGGAUAUGCGACUCCCGACGGCCGUGGAUAGAAGUCACGGAACUGACAAUGCAGGUCUUACACCGGCCCGACCUCCAUCUUCGGCGCUGAAAGCACACGAAGGCCGUCCUGUCCGUGCGGGAGUUCCCUCAUUGCAAUCAUCCCUUCGCUCCCCUGCCCAACGCAUUGAUUCAACAGAAAUCUACGACUCUGCUGCCUUUUCGCCGUCUGGCAAUUUCGGUAAUCUGCUAGAUCCUGGUGAUGACUUUCUCAACGGCCAGUCGUCAGCAGGUCUAAUAUUCGGAAACACUGCUGACGGGAAUGCUGCUUUCAAUCCAAACUUUAUUGGUGGAGAUGCUUUGCCCUUUUCGUCUUCUAUGCUUAUGGGCGAUCUAUGGAGUGUCGCCGAUGGCCCAUGGAUGAUUCACAAUAACUUUCUGUAA